AGUAGGUUACCUCGAUUACAAACGAAACGUCGGCGUUACCAAACUGAUAACGUGGAUAUUAACAAAUUACAGAGAAAAAAAAAUUGUAAGCGGCCAAAACCUCGCAGAAAGUGGGUGGCUAAGCAGAUCCGUGAUACGAAGAAAGUGCAAUUCAAGAACUUUUUGUCAAGACACAAUAUAACUUGUAUUCGUUUCCCGAAGUGUAUUUGAUUUGAGGGAACAAAAACGCGGAGCCAAUUUAUGCGACGUCAUCAUGUCCCUCCGCCAGUAAUUUUAAUUGAGUAGCUACAGCCUAAACUCGCCUAAUUAGGUAGUUCUUAUAUUAAAUUAAGCUGCUUUUUUAUAUAAUGUCUAUAUAAUUAUCUUAUAUUUGUAUCUAAUAUGUAUAAUGUAUUAUUACUAUAAUUCAAUGAAAAAAAUCUCAAUAAUUCAUCACGAAACAAACAAUGGACACACGAAGGUUUGACUAGUAUUAUAUUAGGUAACCUUUUCUGAGACUAAAUGGACUCAAAAGAGGAAUGGAGUCAAUAGAUUGACAUUCUAGUCCAGCCAUCUGCAACAUGGGAGGAAAACUGUCAUUACUCUCACAUGAAACGUCUUCGUCAAUAAGGCUAUGGUUCAAUAUUCUUUUCAAUCGAGACUCAUCAUCUUCUGUCCGGGUCUCAAAACCUAAGGCGGAGCCCAAGCGUGUGUUUGGCGUUUCCCUACAGACACUGAGAAAAAAUGGGAUGAUGAUCCAUGGAAUACCGCUCGUGUUACGAGAUAUGGUGGAGUUCUUGGAAAAGCAUGGGAUGCACUGCCAUGGUCUUUUCCAGAUGGGCGGCUCAGUGGUGAAGAUUCACCAAUUGAGGUGGCGGCUGGACCAUGGGGAGCGUGUCAAAAUGGAGCAGGAACAAGUGUCCACGGUCGCUUCGCUCCUCAAGCUCUUCUUUCAACAGCUGCCCGAUCCCAUAAUCCCAGAAUGCCAACGUAAAAGUCUCGUAGAGUGCUUCCGAGGAAAUACAGACGAUGCCCACUUGAACAUGUCCUUGAAAAAACACCUUUGCCGCAUCCCGGAUGACAACCUGACCAUCUUGUUGUAUAUUGCCAACUUCUUAUCCAGAGUGGCGGCUUGUAGCCAGUUGAACCACAUGACGGUGGAUUCUCUCGCCACCAUUUUUGGACCUUGCCUCUUCCACGUUCCUGCAGGAUCCAAGAUGCUGGAGGAGCAGAACGUUUGCAACAUUGUGUUGGUCCAUCUUUUCAGGAAGCACAAGAUUCUCCCUCUUGCCCCCGCCCCUUCCCGCCCGCCUUCUCCGACACCCACAACUGAGGUGACUCUCUACAUUCUUGACAAUUUCAAAAAGCUAAGUGAUUAUUAAAAAAAAAAAAAAAUUCUUAUUUUGAAGACGGGUGCAUUUCCGUGGACAACAGGACGACCAUAUUGCUUGCAUUCAAGCAGUACUCAUAAACAGUAAGAAAGUGUUACAAAUGCAAGUUCAGAAAGCCACGAUGAAGACUGCACUUCUAUUGACAUGCAUAUUCUUUUUAUUGAUGUUCAGCAGCAAUAAAUGGCAAAGAGUGAUUUGUUUAAAAGCGAAUGUUGGUGUGCACCUACUCUAUGGCCAAUGUACAGCUUAAUCUAACAAUCCA